AUGGCCAAAUACAUGAAUAACACAAAUGAAAAAACUCAAUACUUUGUUGAAACAUCAUUUAAACCCAGUUUGAAUGAAGGGUUUUUAAAAGAAGAGUUAAUACCACUUGAACAACAUUGUAGAUUAAAAACUUAUAAAAAUGAACAAACACAUUACAAUGCUCUCAUACAAAGAGUAAGAAGAAGACAAAAUAUCGCAACUCCAGCAAAGACAGCAGAUGGUGGAAAUACACUUACUUAUUUCCCUUUUCAAUAUUAUUCUAGUAAAAUGCUAUUUCAAGAUAUUAGAUUUAAUACUGGAAUAUUAAAUAAAUAUAUGUUGGAUUAUUAUCAUAUUAUGAGACUAAAUAUCUUUGGAAGUAAAAACUCUAUAAUUAAUCAUACUAAUACAGAUACUGGAUUAAAUAAAUACACAUUUCCACUUGCAACAUCUCAAGGAGGAGAAGAUACUGAUGACAAAUUUACAAUUAAUCCAAUAAAAAAAAAUUUUCAUAUCAGAGAAAUAGUUGUUCAAAUAGACUUUACAUCAUGUCAACUUUCAAUAAGUCAAGCAAUCGAACAAAAUAAUUCAACACUUCCAGCAAAUAUUGUUUUUGAAGAUUUUAAUAAUUUGGUUAAUAGCCCAAUAAAUAAAACUUUUAAAGUUAUAUAUGAUAAAAUAGAAACAAUUACAUGUAAGGAAUGUGAUUAUGAACAAAUUCUCUGUUUUACAUGGAAAAUAGAAAAACAAUGA